AUGAUCAGUCCAGGUAUGUCUUCUUGUGAGCACACAAUCAAUACGCUCCGCUAUGCUGACAGAGUAAAAGAACUUGGUGCUGAUGAAGGUGGAAAUUCUCCUCCCAUGAACGAUGAGGAGCUUAUGUUACGUGCAGGUGGUGAUGAUGGUGACAACGAGGAUGCUGACCUGUCACUUGUUUGCAGCAGAAAUGGAACUGACAAAUCCACGUUCGAUAUGAUGAAAAUCGUUUCAAGUCUUACUGCUGCCGAAGAAGAAGCUCUAUAUAGCCAGUAUAAUCUCGAGCAGAACAUGAAGUCAUGGAUGAAGGAGAUGAGCAACUUAAUCACGCGCUCAAGCACUGUGGACUAUGAUCAAGAGAAAUACGUCCGAGAUUCUGUCAACUUAACCAACAAAAUGUUUAGUGGGCUGUCGGAGUGUAUGGGUAAGGUCAUAGUAGCGUUGAUCUUAAGUGUUCUAUUCUUUCUUUUUUUUAUUUCUUGCAAUUUACAAUUUUUCUCGGGCUUUUUUUUCUUGUAAUU